GUGUGGAAGAGUUUAAUAUCAGCUGGGGCUCAGCGCGUUUGCUCAUUUUAUUAAAGUUUAAGUGUUUUAGCGACAUUUGUGCCCAAUAAUGAAGAAAGCCUUGGUGGAUAUAUUUGAAGGCCCGAGUGACGAGGAGGACUUUCUUGGAUUCGGAGGGGCUUCUUCAGGGCAGUUCUCUGAGGAGAGUCGAGACAGUCUUCACUCCCAGACCUCGUGGAAGCCCGUUCUUCGUUUUAGAUCUAAAUUCAUUACAGAUGAGCUAGCUCAGGUCUUCAUGGACACGGACAGUGAAGGGGAGUUUGAAGGGUUCAGUAAAGAAGAGAGCGCUCUGUGUAACGGCUGGACGAGCUCCAUGGAUUACAAGGCAGAGGAAGACAGUGAUGACAUUGGGUUUUACUCCGAUGACGACGACGACGACGAUGGUUCGGCCCCUCAAAAAAGGCGGAGCUCAGGAUUGUGUGUCGCGUUCAGGUUUCCCGCCAGAAGAAGUUCCGCGCCGAAGAAAUCCAAAAAUUCCCCAAACAGAAACGAGCCUGUGGAGAGAAGCAGGAAGAGGAGAGGAGGAGGUGGAGGUGGUGCAGAUCCACCUGUGGCUCAGAAAAGCAGGAAAGUUGAGAAAAGAUCCAGAGUGUCGAGUAAUGACUCUGAAGAGGAGGAGGAGAAGGAAGUCAGACUAACUGAGGCAGAUGUGCAAAUAUUGAGUCAAAGAGCGAAAAAUAUUCAGGAGAAUAAAGCAAUGCUUGCAAAGCUAUUUGCAGACCUGACCUCGUUACCUGAACUCUCCCGAAAGACCACGCCCAUGAAGAAGAAAAAGCAGCAGAGUCCGAGGAAGCGUGUGUCUGAAGUCCAGUGCGAGAGGCGAAACCCAAGCCGCAAAGCCAGACCCCCUGAGCAUUUUGGGCUUGAGCAGGACCCGGUUGUUGCUGUGAAACCAAGAAAGAGUAUUUUCGACCUGAAGAAACUGAUGGAGAUCGAUGAAGAGCUGCGCAACAACAGCGAUACCCCAAGAAGAAAAUCCAGAAAGCGCGUUUCUGUACGAAUGCCGGAGGACAUCACCGAGGAGGAGCUGGACAACGUGGCUGACCGCUCUAAAGACAAAAUUCUUGAUAAAGAAAAUGGCAGCACAUGUCACCAGUGCAGACAGAAGACUUUGGACACGAAGACGGAGUGCAGGAACCCGUACUGUCAGGGGGUCAAAGGGCAGUUCUGUGGGCCCUGCUUGCGGAACCGCUACGGAGAGGACGUCCGUACAGCUCUGUUAGAUCCGACUUGGGAGUGUCCUCUGUGUCGGGGUAUCUGUAACUGUAGCCUGUGUCGUAAACGAGAUGGACGCUGUGCCACUGGUGCCCUUACUCACUUAGCCAAAUAUUACGGCUACGACAACGUCAAGGAAUAUCUCGAGAGUCUGCAGAAGGAUCUUGACUGAAAUCAUACCAGUGUGUGCAGGAACCUACUGCAAGACCUGCAGCUGUACUUUUUCAGCCUUAUCUAUAUCCUCCACAUCUGUAGAGGAUGUGAAACUACUACAGACGGGAAUUUUGGCUAGUUUUGCUACACUGAAGAGAGAAACCAUAAACCUGUUCUCGUAUUGUUUGUUUUAUCCAUUUUUAGGUAUGUACAGUCAAACCCAAACAACUAUAUUGGUAACAAAACCACUUUUUUGGUUUUUUUUUUUUUCCCCCCUUCCUAAGUUUCUAUCAUAUCUGAAAUGACGCAUUAUACAGAUUAAGCACUUAUAGAUAAAGCAUGAAUACCUUUGACUGAAAAACACACGUUUUGUGUUGGCGAUAAUGACAUCUGUAACAACUGCAUUUAGACGUCUUUACAGGUUUACUGUGCUUUUACAGAAGCCUUUUAUUUUUAUUUUUUUUGUUCAACAUUUUGCAGGUGCAGAAAAUGCAUGUUAGUAUCAGGCCAGUCAGACAUCUUGUGUUUUUAAUAUACUUUUUCACUUUUGUCAAAAAUAAAUAAUUGAAAUAAAUAAAUCUCUUGGU